ACAUGCACCAUAAAUAAGUUAAAGCUUAAUUUUCCUUUCAAGUUACAUCUGGUAACGCCAGAGCUGAUUCUGACCUCAAUGGUCUUUCAUGUGGAAUGAGUCAACGGGCUGAAAGACAAUGGAUGAGACUUGUGCAAAUGUAAAGCGUCUUGAAGAAAAUGAAGAACAGUGCAUCGAUGAAGAUAAGACAGACCAAGAAAAGGCAGAGGAAAAGCUAAUCAGUUCUAAUAGGCGUUCAUGGAAACCAUGGCAAGAAUCGCGGUCACGAAUCAGAGAGUGUGUGCUGUAUGUGAAGAAGGUUCUGGUGUCUUUUGCUAGCAUGGAGUGGUACUGUUAUGCCCUGUUAGGGAUCAUCACCGCUCUAAUGAGCUUCUUCAUGGAUAUGACUGUAGCCAAGCUGCUGAAUGCUCACCAAUGGCUGUACAGAUGUCUGAAGGGUCACCACCUGCUGCAGUUCUUCUGCUGGACGCUUUACCCAGCCUGUCUUUGUGCUCUGUCCACCAGCUUCGCCCACAGCAUCUGCCCAUUCUCUGCAGGCUCUGGUGUUCCUGAGGCGAGGGCUAUUCUCUUAGGGAUGGACAUGCCAGAUUACCUGUCCCUCUCCAAUCUCUUUGCUAAACUGUUUGGCCUGAUAUGCACACUAGCUUCGGGCAGCACAGUGUUUCUCGGCAAAGUGGGUCCAUUUGUCCAUUUAUCUAUCAUGGUGGGUGCGUUCAUGAGUCGCCUGCAUGUUUCCUGCCGUGGUGGAAAACAGAGAGCAGCUAAAGGAGAAAUGCUGGUUGUGGCGUCAGCGGUGGGUGUCGCGAGCUGUUUUGGGGCUCCAGUCAGCGGUGUUCUGUUCAGUAUAGAAGUGAUGGGGACUCAUUAUUCAAUCAGAAAUUAUUGUCCCUGCUUCUUUGCAGCGGCUUGCGGUGCGAUCACUUUCAGACUGCUUUCUGUCUGUAGUUCAGAUCAAGAAACCAUCCAGGCCCUGUUUAAAACCAGCUUUUCUUCUGAUCUUCCCUACCAGCCGUUUGAAAUAUUUAUUUUCGCUCUGCUCGGGCUGUUCUGCAGUAUUCUCAGCUGUAUUUAUUUAUUCUGUCAUCGCUGGGCUCUGCGUUUUGUCAAAACAAACAAACCCAUCAGCAGACGUCUGACAACAGAAAAGUCACUUUAUUCAGCCAUAGUGGCAUUUCUCCUCGCCUGCUUUACGUUUUAUCACUCGGCGGGACAUUUCAUAGCUGCUGAGCUCACAAUGAAGCAGCUUCUUACUUCAUUAUUAGAUGGCACUUCCUGGUACAGUGUUUCCCAGAAUGCAUCUGCCCUGCUAGAACCUCAGAGAACAUUCUGGCAGGCAUGGAACCCACCUGGCAAAAGUUACUUCCAAACACUAGGGCUUUUCAUUACCGCGAAGGUUGGGCUGUUGGUCGUGGCUUGUACUUUGCCUUUACCUGCUGGCUAUUUCAUGCCAGUAUUUGUUUACGGUGCUGCGGUGGGGCGUUUGGUAGGCGAGGUCUCGGCCUAUCUGCUCUCAGAUGGAAUCUCAUCAGCAGAGGGUUUGAUAAACCCGGGUGGUUAUGCGCUAGCAGGAGCAGCUGCCUUCUCAGGUGCUGUGACACACACUCUCUCUCCUGCACUACUGGCUCUGGAAAUGACCGGCCAGUGCUCUCAUGCCGUGCCCGCUCUGAUUGCCACGCUGGUAUCCAACGCUGUGGCUCGGGCAAAGCACCGUCCAUCUUUCUACGAUGGCAUAUCCCUUAUUAAGCAGCUCCCACACUUGCCAUCUCUCAUCCGUGCUUGUCCAAAGUUGGCCAGUGUUCAGAUCAAGCAGUUUGUGAUUCCAGCAGGAGUUGUUCUGGAGAGAACAGAGACACUGGCGAGUCUGAAGCACAUCCUAAACGAAAGCGCAGACAAUGAAUUUCCUGUGGUGGACUCUCACGGCUCCCCUAUUCUCCUGGGUACAAUCAACAAAUCACAGCUGCGGGAGCAUCUGCAUCAGCAUAGAAAUGAGGAUUUAUGUAAACAGCUAGAGGAAGUAUGUUCUGUUCAACCUGUGCGGCUUCAUCUGACGCCAGAAAGCACUGUAAAGCAGGCUCAUUGCAUCAUGAGUGCCACGGGUGAGCAGCGUCUGUUUAUAACGGAGAGGGGGCGGCUGUGUGGUGUCAUCACAUGGAAAGAGAUGAAGAAAAUAAUCGAAGAGAUGGCGAAGGAAGUCUGAUGAAUGGACAAUUAACUCAAACGUCAGAAUCACACACCUAGGACAGGCAUCAAUCUGUGCUUGCCAUUUUGAUUAACAUUUGAUCUGCUGGUGAUUUAACUCAGGUCAUUAUGUGAAUAAUUAUUCAUAGUGGAAUAAUAAAGGAAUCUUUUGAAAUGAA